AUUUUAAAACCCCAUCCCUCUCCCCUCUCUCUCUCUCUCCCUCACUACAUUUUCAAGAAUAUGGCCAAACGGUGGCUGCCGUUAGCAAACCUUGUAUUCCUCCUCCUCCUCUUCACACACUCACACAGCGCCACCCACCCCGCCGACGUCGCCGCCCUCCGUGAUAUCAAGAACUCCCUCACCGACAUCACCUCCGCCGCCCAAUUCUUCUCCACUUGGGACUUCUCCUCCGCCGCCGACGCCGACCCUUGCUCCUCCUUCGCCGGCGUCACCUGCUCCGCCUCCCGCGUCACCAUCCUCACCCUCGGCACCGGCCUCUCCGACUCCCCCGGCCUCGCCGGCACGCUCCCCGCGGCCAUCGCCCGCCUCGCCGCCCUCACCCAGCUCAUCCUCUUCGCCGGCAUUGUCACCGGCCCCAUCCCGCCGGAGCUCGCCGCCCUCCGCCGCCUCCGGGUCAUCUCCCUCGCCGGAAACCGCCUCACCGGCGCCAUCCCGCCGGAGAUCCUCCGCCUCCCGGCCCUCCACACCCUCGACCUCAGCCGCAACCGCCUCUCCGGCGCCGUCCCGCCGCCGCUCGCGGCGGCGCCCCAGCUCAAGAUCCUCGUCCUCGCCGGGAACCGCCUCACCGGCGAAUUCCCCGGCGACCUCCCGCCGCAGCUCCUCCACCUCGACCUGAGCAGCAACCUCCUCACCGGCGAGUUGCCGGCGAAAUUGCCGGCGGCGCUCCGGUACCUCUCGGCGGCGAACAACCGCCUGCGGGGGUCGCUCAGCGGAUCCGCGCUGGACCCGUUGAGCGACCUCGCCUACGUGGACCUGAGCAUGAACGAGCUGAGCGGGCCCGUCCCGGGCCCGCUGCUCCGCCGCGGCGUGACGUCGCUCCUCCUCCAACGGAACAAUUUCUCCGGAGGGCUGCCGGAGUCGCCGCCGUGGGAGGCGGUGGCGGGAUCGACGGUGGACCUGAGCCACAACUUCCUCUCCGGGGAGGUGACGGCGGCGCUGGCCGGGGUGGAGACGCUGUUCCUCAACAACAACCGGCUGAGCGGCGGCGUGGCGGCGGAGUACGCCGCGAGCGUGGCGGCGGGCACCAUGAAGACGCUCUACCUCCAGCAUAACUACCUGACGGGGUUCCCGUUGGGGGUGGGGUCCGCGCUGCCGGAGGCGGCGGCGGUGUGCGUGUCGUAUAAUUGCAUGGCGGCGCCGCCGCUGGGGCUGGCGGCGUGCCCCGACAGCGCCGGAGAGCAGCUCUCGAGGCCGGCGUAUCAGUGCAACGGAUUCCACAAUUCUUUGGAUUGAUUGAUUUUUCAUAUUUUUUUUUUGUCUUUUUUUUUGUUUUGAAUUAUAACGGUUGCUAUUAUUAACCGGCUAUACUAUGCAACACAAGAUGUAAUAACCAGAAAUUGAAAGAAAAUUACAAGAAAGUAGAGAUACUGCAAAAGAAAAAAAUGAGAUAGAGAAAACUGAUUAUUAAAUCAUGUGUUGCAUAGGAUUCAUAUAGUUUGUAAUAGUAUUGUAUAGAAUAGAAAGAGUGGGAAUCUAUGUUAAUUUUUUUUUUAAAAUUUCAUAUUUUGUUG